GCUGCGGCCGGGAUCGGGAAGUGUCAAGCGGGAGCUGGGUUUCCCGCCUUCGCUCCUGCCACCGCUGAUCCCAGACCUCCUAGCCAGGCCCAGGCCCAGUCGCCAUGACGAACGUGUACUCCUUGGAUGGGAUUCUGGUGUUUGGUUUGCUCUUUGUUUGUACCUGUGCCUACUUCAAGAAAGUUCCUCGUCUCAAAACCUGGCUGCUAUCAGAGAAGAAGGGAGUUUGGGGUGUGUUUUACAAAGCUGCUGUGAUUGGAACCAGGCUGCAUGCUGCUGUGGCAAUCACCUGCGUCGUAAUGGCCUUUUAUGUCCUCUUUAUAAAAUGAAUUCCAAAGCAUCCAUGUCAUCAACUGCCAACCAAGGGGACAAGGGUGAAGAACCUGUUGGGGGCCUGGGCCCAGCGUAGGAGAGUUCAGCCAAAAUCAUCAAAGUUCCCAGGAUGACACCACAGUAUCUGCCCCUCCCAUAUAUGGGGAAAACUCAUGGUUGCAAACAUUAUUUAUGCUUCAGGGGACUCAAGAAAGCCAUUUUCCUUAAAUCAGUUCUCGGCAGACAGCAUAUAAUGUCCAGAUAAAGUACACCCCUGGGUGAUAACAUUACAUACCUCCUGCUUAAAAACCUACCACCUAUUUUGUUCUCAGCCCUUGUCAGGAUCUUUUCAAACCAAGGCUCAUUAGGAAAGGACAUAGCUGUGUUCAGAUCUCUUACGAGGAGAUACUUUUCAGGAGAUACUUCUCUUAGAAGGAGAUAUUUAAAUUUGGCAAAUUGGAGGGGGGUGGGAAACAGGAGUUGUACAAUGCCAAGACAUUUUUUGGCUUUGGAAAUUUAUCUUUCAUAUAUCCAUCUGGCAACAUAAGAGAACAUAUGAAAUCUCUGUGCUGGGAGCUGGAGAGUUGUCAAGAUAAUCUGGGCCUACAUAAGAUUUAGGAGUUAUGUGUCUGUGAUGAGACCAGAAAGCAAUAACUCAGACAAGAAAAAAAUGUUGUAUUUACCAGUAUCCCCAAAAGGAAACUUCACCCCAUCAAAUGGUAUAUGAAAAUGAAUCUACUGUCUCUAUUUUCCUAAAGCCUUUUUAUAUUUUCUAAAUUACUGAGAACUAAAUACUGUUACUCAGUUUUAAAGCCACCACUAGGGAAAAGAGAAACGAUUGAAGAAAUAAUUGUUUAAUAUAUUUGCAGCUAGAGUAGGAAAAACAAAUCUAGUAUAUUAGUUCAUAUACUAGUAAAGUUGUCUAGUAUAAAUUGUGAUGUUAAAUGGAAGUUUUAUCAUGUUAUCCAAGAUACAAAUUUAUUAUUUGUUUAAAUCUGGAUUAUUAUGGCAGUUUUUAGUUGAUUACUUGCUUUUCUUGGCCAACUUUUAAUUUUUGUCAUAUUAAAAUCUUCUUUAGCUAUCCCUUGUAAAUUCUGUAUUAUAAGAACAUGAGAAGUUUGAAUGAGUGAGAAAUUGCUGAUAUUCAUAGGCAUAUUUGGACAGUUCAUAGAGCCCAUGAAUAAAAUGAGGGUGACUCAACAUUUGAAGGGAAGAUUUCUUUAUUCCCUCCUUAUAUCAGCAAAAGGAUCGAAUGUAUUUUUGAAGCCUAGAACUUCUUUAUUUUAUAAAAAGUUGGUCUAAAAUUAUUGUAAUUAGGUCUACCAGUUGAAUUGUCCAUGAGAAUAAAACUUGACUGUGGACAGGUAGGUAUGGUUGACCCCUGUGUGGCAGUAAAUUGUCUUUUGUCUUACUCCAAAAGGAAAAAAGCUGCUCAGAAGUUGAGGGUUUCUCCAAGUAUAGAAAGUCAUCACAUAAACACUACAUGUCAAAUCAUCUCAGAGUUGUGGCUGUUAUCUCUUCAGGAACUGGUCCACAGGGUAAAAUUUCAAUGAUUCAUAUGCUUUCCAUGGUCAUUUCUGAGGAUCUUUCACAUGAGAGAAAGGAAAAGGACUGGAAAGGGUUAGACGCAUGGGUGUGAGUUUGGGACCUAUUGGCCAACGGGAGUGUUACUCCCUGGAAAUACAGGUUCAGCAUGUUUGCACUUGUUAUUUUGUAGCUUUAAAGACUUGUUUUCUAAUAGGGCUAAUGUCUCUAAAUUUGGUGCUUAGAGCUGUUUCAUAUAUUAAACUAGUUCCAUUUCACAGUUUCAGUUAUUCAAACCAGUUUUUACAGCCUCCUGGGUGGGUCAUCUUGACUCUUGAAUUGUAAUAUUUUGAUAUAUUUUCAUUCCAGAAUGUACCAAAAAGUGCACAGAGUGAAGACAAUUUACAGCAAAAAAUACAACUACACAGCUUAUUUCAUUUGACUUUAUGUAAGAAGAUAAGCAGAAACCUGUUUUAACUCAUUACUUUGCUUGAUGUGUCAUUUUUUGACUGAAAAUUAUAGUUCUCUAAGACAGUCUUUUAGGAGUGGAAGAAUGGGGAUUGCAGUAUCACCCCAGAUUUAAACUGGCAUCACCAUAAACCCUGUAUGCCAGGGUGGAAUGAAGUCAGCUUUUUAUAGUUAAAAUACAUUUUUUAUUCACCAUUGUCUGCACAAAUCCUUGAAAAUAAAAUUUC